ACUGUAGUCUUAGUUAUUACUACUACUUUUUUUUUUUCUUUUCAAAGGGGGGGAUGGCUUAUGUCUGCUGACCUCAAGAUGUGUAUGUCCACCUAGAUAUCAGUAUUUCACUAGAUGAACCUUUAUUUCAUAUUGAGUCAGAACUAUGACUAAUACAAAAAGUUGUUUAGGUUUUUUCCCCAGCAAAAGGCAUUCUCACCGGUGUGUUGAGAGAGGUUGCAAUCCACCAGAGACAGAAAAGACCUUCUGUAUUUUCUAGGCAAAAGGCUGAGGAAGCAAUUCUCAGACUCAACUCUUUUUUUUUAUCAAAUUACAUACUGUGUUCCCAUUGACUCAUUAUUAUUAAUUAAUUGUGUCUAGAGUACUCCUUUCACAGAACACAUUCCAAAUGUUGCAAGUUCUGACUGUACAACUGUACACUCAGUGUGCUAUUGCAUAACACUUUUUUGUCAUGCACAAGGAUGCAUUUAUACAGUGCUUCCUGUGAUGCUCCCUCUGAGUCUUGCAAUACUGGUUACUGACUUCAUGCUCCCUGACUGUCUUCUCAGGUUGUAAGUGACUGUCUUUGAUUUGAGAUGACUGCUAUUCUGGUGGUAGAACAGCCCAUUCAUUAUUUGCAGGGGAAUGGCAUUUUAUUUCUCUUCUCCAUUUAUUUGACGACGACAAAUGCUUUGCAUUUAGGCUGAGGAGAUAAUUUCUACAACGUAACAGCAUAAAACCUUUGCUGUACAUCAGAACAGAAUCUGUGCACACUAAAACGUAUGCGGAGUACUUUGAUUAUAUCUUUCAAGUAAGUUGGUGAUGGGCAACACUAUCAUUAGAAAAUAUAUCAACAAACAAGAGAGCAGUUGGUACCUCUCCUCUGAAACAGUUGACAAGUAGAAUUUGGGAAUCAAGCUCCAAUUAAGGUAUGUGCAUUUUAUCUCAGUGAGUGGACAGAGCUUCUUUUUCCUACAGAACCACAAAUGGGAAAUGCAGCUGGAUAUCUUGAGGUACAUCAUCUGGGAUUUGGAAAAUCCCAAGAUUUGUCUGCAAACAAUGAUUUUUUUUUUUUUUUUUCUUCCCUGUUGCCUGUUCUGCACUGAAGAUCCCUGUGGACACAUUCCUGAUUCCACUGUCAGCAGAUUGCUAUAUGACUUUCUCCUGAUUUUCAUGGUCCCAAGGCAUAAGGAUAAUUCUGCCUGCAGUAGGGUGGCUAAGAUGAUUUUGGGAGCACCAGAACUUUUAUUCUACUGACAUGUCCUUGGGCUAUCUGGUACUUUCUGUGAAGUAUGAACAGAUUGAGAAACAGGAAAAUCUGCGCCUGUUGCUGAGGACUCGGACUGGCACCAGACAUGACCUGAUCCCCAUUUCCUGUCUGAAUGAGUUUCCCAGUGCUGUCCAGAUGGCAAAGCUACUGUGUGAGGAUGUGAAUGUUGAACGCUUCUUUCCUGUCCUCUACCCCAAGGCUUCGCAGCUUAUUGUUGCAUUUGAUGAACAUGUCAUAAGCAAUAACUUCAAAUUUGGGGUCAUCUACCAGAAACCUGGACAGACAACUGAAGAAGAAGUCUUCAGUAACACAGAAGAGAGUCUGGGUUUCUUGGAGUUCUUGGAUUUCCUUGGUGACAAGAUCCAGCUGCAGGAUUUCCGUGGGUUCCGGGGAGGCUUGGAUGUCACUAGAGGUCAAACGGGCACUGAGUCCGUCUAUACAAACUUCCGGGGCAACGAGAUCAUGUUUCAUGUGUCUACAAAGCUUCCCUUCACAGAGGGAGAUUCCCAGCAGCUUCAGCGGAAGCGUCACAUCGGGAAUGACAUUGUGGCCAUCAUCUUCCAGGAUGAAAGCACGCCUUUUGUCCCUGAUAUGAUUGCUUCUAAUUUCCUACAUGCUUAUGUGGUAGUUCAGCUCACUCAUGGCACCAGUGGGGACACUCUCUACAAGGUUUCAGUCACAGCCCGAGAUGAUGUCCCAUUCUUUGGGCCCCCUCUGCCAAAUCCAGCCAUAUUUAGAAAGAGUGCAGAGUUUCGUGAAUUCCUCCUGGUCAAGCUCAUCAAUGCCGAGUACAGCUGUUAUCGAGCUGAGAAAUUUGCUAAAUUAGAGGAAAGGACUCGGAGUGCCCUCUUGGAGAGCCUUUUUGAGGAGCUCCAGCUUCGCAGCCGCAGUAUGAUGGGAUUGCCCAUAGGGGACAAUGACAAGAUAGAGAAUGGUAGUGGGGGCUUCCUUGAGAAUUUCAAGCGGGUCAUCAGAGGCCGCAGCCAGAGCCUGGAUACCAUGGGGAUAUCCAUGAGAAAACAACAGCCCGCUACCCUGCCCAGCCGCCCAACUACACCUGGCCUUGCCCUCAGCCAGAGUGUCGCCGAGGGCCCUAAGGCCAUUGCUGCGUCUUUUGCCUUACCUGGUAGGAGCCCAUCACGUACUCGAGCCAGCCGCUUCCAUGGGCGACGGAGCAGUGCCAUUGGCAUUGAGAACAUACGGGAGGAAAAGAGAGAUACUACAGAGAGGAUACAGAAGGUGCUGGACAGUCCAGGAACCUUCUUUGACCUGAAGUCUGAUGGAUCAUCCAGUCCCAGCUCCCCAGAGUUCCCCAGCAGGAAGAGCAAAAUGCUCAGGAGUCAGGCUUCAGGAUACUGUGUGAUGCAGCCAUUCUCAUGUUCUUCAUCCAGUGUAAGCAGUUGUUGCAGUGGUUUGAGGGAAAAUGAAACAUCAAAGGAAGAGGAGAAUGACAGGGAGCUGAUGUGCUCUCUUGAGGGCCCUCCAAAACAGGACUCAAUGGUUCAGAGUAUGUGGCUGGAUGACAGUGACUGCACACCCAGUACUUCCAGCUCACCAGGAAGCAGGUUGCUUCCUUCCAGCAGUGUUGCUGGCUCCACUGGAAAAGGCAGCAAAGCAGAUGCUCAGCACCAUAAUCCAGACCUGAAAGAAAUUUCAUUAGGAGCCAAGACAACAAGACUUCAUCUUCUGUUCCAUCAACAUGUGGACCUUUUCAGUUUGCCUUCAUAUGAUUAUAAGAAAUGACAUGACAGACACCUAUAGGUAUGACCACCACUUGCCAUUUGUGGAAAGAAAUUAAACUUCCUCUUACUGUAUCAUCGAUAUGAUUUUGGGAUACAAUAAGUCAUGAUGGUAUAGAAGAAGAAAAGAGAAGAGAAACUUUUCCCUCCAAUCAAAUGCGUGAUUCACUUGUACAUAAUUCAGGUGACAGACCUGUAUCUAAAGUGACGAUAAAAAUAACCUCUUGCUGAGUUUCUUGUCUUACAAAGUACUAUCUAGAAAAUUAAUUCUAGUCCUCACAUUCUGUGUGACAAGCAAGAAUAUCCAAAAGACAAAACAGAACUUUUAUGAUUUUCUUGCAGUUCAGUCUCCAUUUCUAAUAAUCUCCAGGAAGCUGCCCCAUGUAUCUGUGAGGAGAAGCAUAAAUUUGAGAAGAGCUUUAAACAGCUUGUAAUAAGAAAAUAUAAUAAGCUGAAAAAUUAACUCAGUAGAAAAAAAAUUACAAUGAAAAUAUUUAGAAAUAAAAAGCAAAACCUGUCCAGGCAGUGUUGGCAACAAGAAAUGAUAAGGGAAAUUAGAAAGAUUUUCUUAACAGUCAUGCUUGUAUUUCUUCUAAGUAUGUAAUCGCUUCUCUGCAAAUAAACCAAACUUAGGUAAACUAAUCCUAAGUGCAGUUUGUUCUGAUUCUACUGGUACCCGAUUAGCAUUUUAUGAACAGAGGUGUAUUUCCAAAAGUGGUCAGUACAGCUCAGCACUCUGUCAGUGUCCCAGCUCUUCAAUGUCAUCAUAGCCUGUAUCUUCAAGAGCAAGGGAUGAAUCUCUGUCAGCCUCGGACGUCCUGUUUCCUGACACAUUAGUACUCCAGUCUGAAAACAUGAAGGGAAGAAUACUGGGAUAAAUGCCCAUCUUGUACAUAUUACGUAGACAUAGUUGUACCACUGGCAACGUGGGCUGUCCGUUGUCUUCUCCAGAAAUUAGAACCAUAGAUAUGUGUGGCUGUGAAAGACCUGAGAAAUGCUUGUCUCAUCCUGCCUCCUGCUACCUGUACACAUAUCCAAGGAUCAAGCUUACUGUUCCCAGAAAACAGGUUGCUGAUCUAACUUUAAACAGUUCUAAUAAAGGCAAUUAUUCAAUAUCCCUAAAUAAUGCAACUCUGUUUUACUGCCUCAGGUGUUAUUUGACACACUGCAAAUUUAGUAGAUCUGUCCUUUCCAUCCCACAAG